AUGAAAGGAAAAAUAAAAGAUGAGAACAUCAAUGGACAAUGUGUGGAGGAGUUUCUGAACUUUUUUGUUACUGUUUGCAAUGGGUGCAAAGACAAAGCCCAAAACAUUCCCGUUAUUGCUGACGGAGUUUAUGCAAAAAAUGUUCUGACUGUUGAACUCCAAAUUAGCGGAGAUGUCUGUGAGAGGAUGCGCCACGCUGCAUUCAACACAAAGAUGCUGGAUGGAUUUCUCAAUGGAGCUGGAAUCUCACUGGAGCAAACAACCAAGUUGUGUGACACUUGGACGAUAACGACGAUAGCCGAUGUUACCAAUAUCACGAAAUUCAAAAAAGAAAGUGUUGUUUUUCCACAGAACGAAAAACGUAUAAAAGAUGUGGAAUUUCAUGAGAAUUACGGCUCUGAUUUGGAAUACGAUGGGAUUUUUUAA